AUGCUAGGCGCAGUCAAAUUAAAAGCAGACCCAAGAAGACCUGUGCAAGGCAGUUCUGCAGACAGUGCUGGUCGUGCACCGAAACGGGUCACAAGCAGCAAGACUGCCCAGAGACGCCCACCUCCCCACAGUCCCAACCUGGAGAGCAAGGAGGGCAGAUCAGUGGAGGCCAGUUUACAGGUUGGUCCAGUGGAGCAAGAGCUGUCUGUGUAUGUGGCAAAUACUGAUGACCUGUGCCUGCUGGGUCUGGACUACCUUCUGGAGAACUGUGCCUGUCUGGACUUUGGAAAGAUGCACAUGGAGGUCCAGGGGAAGGAGGUGCUGCUGCUGAAGGCGAACGCCAGCGCCCAGGUGGUAGCUGCCAAGACUACCAGUGUGCCACCGAGGAUGGAGACUUGGGAGUGGCAGAUACCAGCUAGAGCUGGAGUGGAGAGUUGCGAGACUGUGGAGCUGGCACAUAAGGCGCAAGGUUCAGGCCUUAAGGAGAUAGCAGUUAUCCAUGGCUUGUCAGCACACCUGGAGGACCUGUGGAACAGGAGUAUAGUGUGCUUAGACAAGGAGCAGGCAGUUCAAGUGGGAAAGUUGCUGCAGAAGUACACUGAUGUCUUCUGGGCGCACGAAUCUGGUCAGGCAUCACAUCAACAUUGGCAACCACCCAGGAGAGUUGCCCCUGUUCGACGUCAGGAAAUGGAAAAGGCAGUGGGUGAGCUUAUCAACCAGCGACUGGUGGAAAAGUCAAGCAGCCCUUGGUUGUCAGCAGUAGUCCUAGUAAAGAAGAAGGAUGGCAUGACAAGGUGCUCUGUGAACUACAGGGCCCUGAAUGAGGUGAUGGUGAAGGACUCAUAA